AUGACUGAUACUAAUGUUAAUGAUGAUGGCUCCUCCCUAACCAUAACAAUCCCCAAGAAAGUGAACGACGGCUUAAUCAAUAACAAAAUCGAGCACUUCAGAUUUAAAUUUAAUGACAUUUUUGACUGUGACACUAACCAAGAGGAAAUAUUUCAGAAAAUAGCCAAGCCUAUAGUUGACAAUGCACUGCAAGGUUAUAAUGGAACUAUAUUUGUCUACGGGCAGACUGGUAGUGGAAAAACUUACACCAUGUCUGGAGGUGGCAGACGUCUAGACGAUCGUGGUAUCAUUGUCAGGACCAUUGAGUACAUAUUCGACACAUUCAAGCGGAAAAACAGCCGAAUGGACUUGGAGCACACAAUCGGCAUAUCCUACCUGGAGAUUUAUAACGAUUCCGGUUACGAUCUGCUAUCCAACGACGACUACUACUAUCAAGAUAACAACAACAAUAAUAAUAAUAAUAACAACAACAAUAAUAAUAACAAUAAGUUGCCGAAGCUAUCUCUGCAAGAAGACAAUGACCACAAUAUUCACUUGAAAAAUCUCAGCAUACGAUUGGUGAAGGAUGAAGAUGAAGCUAGAGACAUGCUAUUCAUUGGAGAUAUCAACAGAGUCGUUGCCGAGCAACUCCAUUCCUCUCUCAUCAGAAAUUCCAAGUUACAUCUCGUCGAUUUGGCAGGUUCGGAGAGAGUGAGUAAGUCGCGAGUUGACGGAGUGACGUUGAACGAAGCCAAACACAUCAAUCUAUCGCUGCAUCACCUGGAACAGGUUAUAGUGACACUCUCCGAUCGGAAGUCUCACAUACCGUAUAGGAACAGCCUUUUAACGUCCAUACUGCGUGACAGUCUGGGCGGAAACUGCAUGACCACGAUGAUCACGACCUGCUCUCUAGAUGCUAACAAUGUCGAAGAGACCAUAUCAUCGUGCCGAUUUGCCCAGCGCGUGUCCCAGAUACAUAACGAGGCUUACAUCAAUGAGGUCAUUGAUGACAAGGUCACCAUCUCAAGGUUGAAGAAACAGAUUGAACUUUUGACCCUGCAGCUGAAAAUAAACAACAAUAAUUACAAUAGUAAUAAUGAUAAUGAUAAUAAUAAUUGUAACAAUGGCGCUCUUGAAAGCACGAAUGGAAAAUUGGAUGAAACCGAAUUGAAGGAGUGCAUAAAUGUCGUUAAUGCUUACCUAACGAAAAAAGGCAAUAAGAACAACAACAGCCAGUCUAGUACUAAUAAUAAUAAUAAUAAUAAUAAUAAUAACACCGACGAUGAUGAUGAUGGCGGCAGUGAUGAUAAUGAUGACGGCGAAAUGUUAUUGGUGGAUGGAGAUGUGAGGAAGAUUUUAAAAUGCUGCUCCAUCAUGAGAAAAAGAAUACGGAGAUGCACUUGCCAAUCAAACAACGUCGUCCAGAAAGAGAAUGAAAAAUCUGACCAAUCAGAUUUCAGUAAAGUUGGUCAAGAGGACGGGGCUAAUUUGAUGGAGGAAAACUCGAAUUUGAAAAAAUUACUAUUGCAGAGAGAUAAUGAGAUAAUCUCGGCGAUGUCUCUAGGUAGGAAGGAGGCCUUCGAGGUUUUCAAACGAGAAAGUGAAGGUUACAAGUACAUCAAAGAUAGCAAAGUUCAACUGAAUGAAUUGACCGCCACUGCCAAACAACUCGGGAUGGCUUUAGUUAACGUUAAAGAAAAUAUAAGUUAUGGUGAUGGUUUGAACAACGAUGAAGAAGAUAGUUUGAUUGGUGAAUUUGAGAAGGAGAGAGCUAGGCACAGAAACAUCGUCUCAUCAUUGAAGAGGUUAAAAUUAGAAAUUGACCAACUACAACACGCCAUAGAGAAAGAUAAACUGAAGCUGAUUGGUCAGUUUGAAUCGUGGUGGCAAGAGCAAAUAAGCAUUGCUUGA